GAAACUCCCGCACAGUCUCUAGUUGUGUCUUUGAGCAUGUCCUGGCCGCCAGCUGAUGCACUGAGGGGGGAAAGGUUUUAUUAUGAAACGUAUGGUCACGCCAAAGAUAGACAGAGCUUGAGCUAAACACUUACUUGAAAUGUUUACAUGUAGAAGGCUACCAGUCAUCGCUGUUACACUGACUGACUGUGGAGCAGGGCCGCCCCAUUAGCCGAGAUGGACACCGCUGAGGAAGGGGACAUCUGCCGCGUGUGCCGGUCGGAGGGCUCCCAGGACAAGCCGCUCUACCACCCCUGUGUCUGCACCGGCAGCAUCAAGUUCAUCCAUCAGGAAUGCUUACUGCAGUGGUUGAAACACAGCAGGAAAGAAUACUGUGAAUUAUGCAAGCACAGGUUUGCAUUUACACCAAUCUACUCUCCAGAUAUGCCCUCCCGCUUGCCUGUGCAGGACAUCUUUGCAGGGCUGGUCACCAGUAUUGGAACAGCGAUCAGAUACUGGUUCCACUACACGCUGGUGGCCUUCGCCUGGCUGGGCGUGGUGCCUCUCACCGCAUGUCGUAUCUACAAGUGUUUGUUCACCGGCUCUGUGAGCUCUCUCCUCACCCUGCCAUUAGAUAUGCUUUCCACGCAAAACCUGCUCGCCGACUGCCUCCAGGGCUGUUUUGUGGUCACUUGCACGCUGUGCGCCUUCAUCAGCCUGGUGUGGCUCAGAGAGCAGAUUGUCCACGGUGGCGCCCCCCAGUGGUUAGAGCAGAACCAGCCCCCUCCUGUUCCCAACCAGCCCAAUGGUCCAGCACCAGCCAACGAGGUUCCAGGUGGCAACGUCGGCGUCAACGCCCAGGCUGCUGCGGACGCCGCAGAGGCCCCGCAGCCUGCAAACGCUGGCCCAGACGGACAGGCGCCCGCCAACCCGCAUGAAGCCGGCAACCACGGGGACGAGGCUGACCUCGAGGACGAAGACGACGACGGGGAGGAAGACGACGAGGACGAGGACGACGAGGAGGGCAGGGAAGAGGAUGCUGCCGAAGCCAAUAAUGGAGGACAAGAAGAUUUGAACUGGAACGCCCUGGAGUGGGACCGUGCAGCAGAGGAGUUGACCUGGGAAAGGAUGCUGGGGCUGGAUGGCUCCCUAGUUUUCCUGGAGCAUGUGUUCUGGGUGGUGUCUCUCAACACACUCUUCAUCCUGGUCUUUGCUUUCUGCCCGUAUCACAUCGGCCAUUUCUCAGUGGUCGGCCUGGGCUUUGAAGAAUAUGUCAAAGCGUCACACUUUGACGGCCUCGUCACCACCACAGUGGGUUACAUCCUCCUGGCUGGAGCUCUCAUCGUCUGCCAUGCGUUUGCUUCAUUGGUGAAGUUCCGGCGGUCCAGACGACUCCUGGGUGUCUGCUACAUCGUUGUGAAGGUGUCCCUGCUGGUUGUCAUGGAGAUAGGCUUGUUCCCGCUGAUUUGCGGUUGGUGGCUCGACAUUUGCUCGCUGGAGAUGUUUGAUGCGACUCUGAAAGACAGGGAGCAGAGCUUUGACUCGGCCCCCGGCACCACCAUGUUCCUCCACUGGCUGGUCGGCAUGGUCUACGUCUUCUACUUUGCGUCCUUCAUCCUUCUGCUCCGAGAGGUGCUCCGGCCUGGUGUGCUGUGGUUCCUCAGGAACCUGAACGAUCCAGACUUCAACCCAGUCCAGGAGAUGAUCCACCUGCCCAUCUACAGACACCUGCGGAGGUUCAUACUCUCUGUGGUGGUGUUUGGCUCCAUAGUUCUGCUGAUGCUCUGGCUUCCUAUCAGAAUCAUGAAACUGCUCUUCCCAACCUUCCUGCCCUACAACGUCAUGCUUUACAGCGACGCCCCCGUCAGCGAGCUGUCACUUGAGCUGCUGUUGCUUCAGGUUGUUCUGCCGGCGUUGCUGGAGCAGGGUCACACUCGCCAGUGGCUGAAAGGCCUCGUCCACGCCUGGACAUUCACAGCUGGAUACAUGCUAGACCUUCACUCCUACCUGCUGGGGGACCAUGAAGACGAGGACCACCAACCAAACAACGACCCUCCUGGUCGCCAUAACAACAACAGGAUGCCUGGCUUGGGGGAGGGGCUUCACGCCGCUCAUCAGGCCAUUCUGCAGCAGGGCGGCCCUGUGGGUUUCCAGCCGUACCACCGGCCCGUCAACUUCCCCCUCAAGAUCAUUCUGCUGGUGGCCUUUAUGUGUGUGACGCUGCUACUGGCCAGUCUGAUUUGCCUCACCCUGCCGGUGUGUGCGGGCCGCUGGUUAAUGUCUUUCUGGAUGGGCAGUGCCAUGGUGCAUGAGCUGUACACAGCGGCCAGUGGGCUGUACAUCUGCUGGCUGUCAAUCCGAGGCGCCACCGUGAUGCUUUCCUGGAUGCCACAGGGACGGACCAUCAUCAUGGUCAAAGUCCAAGAGUGGACCCUCAUGAUCCUGAAGACCGUUGUGGUGGCCGUGCUCUUGGCUGGGGUGAUUCCUCUGCUGCUGGGUCUGCUGUUUGAGCUGGUCGUCGUUGCUCCUCUCAGAGUCCAACUGGACCAGACUCCUCUCUUCUACCCCUGGCAGGACUGGGCCCUGGGAGUGCUCCAUGCUAAAAUCAUUGCUGCCAUCACGCUGAUGGGCCCCCAGUGGUGGCUCAAAACCGUCAUUGAGCAGGUGUAUGCUAACGGUAUCCGGAACAUUGACCUCCAUUUCAUCGUGCGAGGGCUGGCCGCCCCCGUCAUCUGCGACCUGCUGCUGUCCCUCAGUGUGCCCUACACCAUCUCUAGAGGCAUCACACCACUGCUGGGUGUGCAGCCGGAGAUGCAGACGCUGGUGGAGAGGAGGAUCUAUCCCUUCCUGCUGAUGGUGGUCAUACUGCUCUCCAUCCUCUUCUUCCAGAUACGACAGUUCAAACGCCUCUACGAACACAUAAAGAACGACAAAUACCUGGUUGGACAGCGACUCGUGAACUACGAACGCAAGACGGGCAGGAGGAUGUCCACCUCUUCGUACAGCACCUCCUCGUAGACCCGACGCUGCUGUGGGAUCAGUGGAGCUAACCCGUCACUGAGCGCCAUCAGCCCUUCCCUGUGGGGAAAGUUUUUGUUUCAGUUUUGGUUCUCUCCGUGCUUGGCUGUCAGAACACCAAGCCUCUAAUCUUUCUUACUGCAGCCUAGCCGUCACCGGUGACAGGAGACAACAAAAAAACGUUGACGAGCGAAGACAACAUAGUCUCUAAACCCUUUUCUGAACACGGUUGUUAGCCAAGCUGCAAAAAGAGUUGAAACUCAGCAGAACCACGCAGUUGGUAAACUGUGCAUCCUUUGUCCGUUUAGUCCUAAACGCAGCUGGCAUUUUAAGUUGUAAUUAUAUAUAUUUUUUAAAGUCGGUUCCGUUGAGCUUUUACCUCAGACUGUGCUUCCCUUUGGAAUGUGUGUUGUGAAGUAUUGUCUAGCGAACCCCGAGUGUCUCUCAAUGGGACGUGUUUGACCUAUUAGAGGUGCUGUAUGGACUGUCACAGGAACGCCUCUGUGCUCAGCGAUGAGGACGGACGUACCUGAUGUAGCAAUGUGAUUGUAUUGAGGGUUUUUUUUUGUUGUUUUUUUUGCUUUUUAGAUAUUUUCGUUGAUUUGUAGUAUUCUGGAGUGAGCUGUUAGUCCUGAGAUCUUUUUUAAAGUAAAGACGUCGAUGUAUGAUUGAUAACCUGAGGAUUUCAGAAACCAACGGGUUGUGUAGCAUCUGUCAGCUUCAGCAGAGGAGAAGUCAUGAAGCGAGCUUUCAACUGAGAAUAUUUAAACUGGAAAAACCGUCUACGAACAUUUCAGAAUGUGCCUGUGACACUGAUCUUACAGAAAUAUUUAUUCUGAGAGGAUAAAAAAAAACUAUAGUCAUGCUGCUAAUUAGCUUUAACUGCCUGUCUGCAUUCUGAUAGCUGUGAGGAGACAAAAAACAACCGCAUGAACAACACAACACUGCUUUGCGUUGGGUGAAGAGGGUGGAAAGGCUCAAAUCUGCUGACAGAUAAUAGAACUUUACUGUAGUUUUGGCAAACUAGAGUUACCUCAUCUCACUUAGUCUCGUAGCGGAGUACAAACCAACCACAUUAAAUGCAGGAAAUUGGUUGGCAAGCUCCCACGCGUUUCUUUUCGGUUAACCAACUUACAACAACUCAGGUUUUCCUUUUUCUGUGCUCGGUAAUCAUUCAGUCCGUUGCUGCCGCCUGCUGAGCUACAGAUCACAUCUCAUCACUUUCAAAUGGAUUUCUCUAUGAAAUCAUUUCUUCCCCGUUUUGUUACAGUCAUGCCACAGUGACUUCCUGUUUAGUUGAUUGCUUUUGAUAAGAGACGUUAUGACACCUAAACUUGCAUGUCGGCCGGUGGAAAGUACUGAUCAAAUACCAGUGCGUUAAAAAACAAAAAAGUUCAUAACUCCCAAUUCUAAUAUCUAUUUUGUAUUGCUGUGAAAACAUCUCCAAACCAUCAAAAGAUCACAUUUCACAUCAUUGUAACAAUUUGACAUAAUGUUGCUUUGCCCAAUACUCAUUGUUGGUCAACGGACCUUUAACCCAUCAGAACGCAACUCUAUGCAACCUCCGUUAAAUGUAACUCCGUCAUUUAGCCAUGCCGGACUGUGCCGCCCACCGGCUGUUAACACACAAUCCUCUAUUACAACAGAUCUGUUAUUCACUAUGUAGCAUUAUCAGGGAGUCAGUACGGUGCAUGAGAGCGCUCAGCCACAGGUGUGUAAGCACUAGUUUGCCCAUGUGCAGUUUGAACGGGCAUGAUGCUUCAGAUUCUUAUUAUUUUUGCUGUUAAAUUAACAAACAAUAGUUUUACGACACGCACACAGCAGGCCACACCUCUAGUAAUAAGCAAUAUGACAUGAUUUGCAUAAUAUGUGCUUUUGUGAACGGGGCCACCAGUGUCAGACAGGCCGGCCACAUAAGGGGGAGGGGGGAGGUGGGGGGAGAUGUGCACGUUGCGAUUGAGAAAAGAGAGAAAACAUUGCAGAAUUCGUCUUAAAGAACACUAAAAUGUAUUGCUCAUGUGCACGUUUUACAGCAGUUUGCUAUUCAGAUUCCAUUGUAACAGUCAACACACGCGUUUCAUUUCCCUCCCAAACAGAUUGAAAGACGUCGCUACUUCACAGUCGGCUUCACUCGAGGAUGGAUUAGAGUUUUGCUUGUGUUUUUGAUGUUGGACUUUGGCAAAGUGGUUUUCUAUUGAUAUGGAUUGUAAUUGACUUUAGUGCUGCUGUGUGGAAUGCUCUCAUUCUAUAUAAAUAUGAUGCUUUAAAGUGACCUUUAAGUAUCUGCUUGAACUGAGCUGGACAUUUCAAAUUUUGAUCUUGAAUUUCUAUUUUUAUAUGUGCAAAAAAAGGCAGUGGCAUGUACUGUGACAUGAAGGUAUGUUCUAAUGUCUGUUAAGUGUUGGUUAAGUAAUAUGACAGGAUAAUAAAAAGUUGAAAUGA